UGCUCUGUGAUUGGCUGAACUACUUCCCGUUUCCCGUCGUGCACACACACGUGAAGGUCAGCAAUAAAGCCAUUAAGCAUUUACAGUUUGCAAAAUAUUACUAGUACGACCUCUUUAUAAGCAAGUAUGGACAGCCAGGGAGCGACAGCUGACCCUCAGCUUCAGCAGUUCAUCGAAAUCGAGUCUCAGAAACAACGAUUUCAGCAGCUGGUGCAUCAAAUGACGGAGGUCUGCUGGGAGAAGUGUAUGGAUAAACCCGGGCCGAAGCUGGACUCGAGGACGGAAGCGUGCUUUGUUAACUGCGUGGAGCGAUUCAUCGACACCAGCCAGUUCAUCUUAAACAGACUGGAACAGACUCAGAGGAGCCGGGGGUCGUUCUCAGAGACCAUGUCAGACUAAAAACUGUCUCUCAGAGCGCUAACGAGGCACACGGGCAGAGAGGGACCGUACCUCUGAC